CGAUAAACAGUGGUGUUCGACAACGACAGAUGAGAAAAAAUCGGUGCGAUUGUUAGUACGGCGUCAGUUGAGCCACAAACAACAAUCGCAAAUACGAGAAAGAAUGGCGUGCCUGAAGAUCUACCUUGUUCUGCUCUUGGCCGUCGCAAUCGGCGUGGCUGUUGCAAAACCGGGAUACUUAGGAUACGGAUAUGGUUAUUAUCCAUAUCACUACGGAUAUAGAUUCCCGUUCUAUGGAGGAUAUGGAGGAUAUGGACAUGGGUAUGGAGGAUACGGUCAUGGAUAUGGACAUGGAUAUGGACAUGGCUAUGGAUUUGGAUAUCCAUUCUACGGUGGUUACGGUCAUUAUGGUGGUUACGGUCAUGGUUAUGGCUACCAUGGUUAAGGUGGAUACAAAACACAGCUUUCUUCUGGAUUCUCUUUGAAAUACUGUCUGAAGAGUGAGCUCAGUACAAAGAUGAUCUACAUCGUUUUCUCUCCAUUGUAUCUUUUUGUUACCAGGAUUCAUCCAACGCCACAAAUAAUAUAACUGUCCACGUAACGCUUGUGUUACAUUGUUCACGCAAUCUAUCUACGGCAAAAUUUUAAGAAAAUAAGAACAAAAUUCUUUAAAAAAUAA